AUGAGUUAUAAAUCAUCAAGGUACAACAGAUCCCCAUCAUGUAUAUAUGUAGGAAAUUUACCAGGCAAUGUCAUAGAAGAAGAAGUUUAUGAUUUAUUUGGAAAGUUUGGUCGUAUAAAAUACAUUGAUAUAAAAAAAGCAAGAUCCUCUAGCUCUACUUCAUAUGCUUUUGUUCAUUACUGUGAUGUCAAAGAUGCAGAAUAUGCAAUAGAAAGAAGAGACGGAUAUAAAUUUGAUGGCUUUCGUUUACGAGUUGAAUUUUCAGGAGAAAAUAGAAGCUAUGGAAAAUAUUAUAGAAAAAAAGAUGAAGGUAUUGGCCCUCCUUUAAGAACUGAUAACCGAGUUAUUGUUAGCAAUUUGCCAGACAAUUGCAAAUGGCAACAUUUAAAAGAUAUUAUGAGACAAUGUGGUGAUGUAGGUUAUGCUAAUAUUGAACGUGGUAAAGGUAUAGUAGAAUUUAUUAGUUAUGAUGAUAUGCUAUAUGCUAUUGAAAAAUUCGAUGGUGCAGAAUUUAAAGUUUAUGAUCAGGUUACAAAUAUUAAAGUAAGAAGGGACAAAAGGGGUUCUUCUUAUAUGAAAAGAUAUAGAAAUGAUUAUUAUAGCCCUAGAUAUAAAAGAAGACGCAGAUAUAGUGAUGAAUCGGAGUCAUCUAUUAGAAAUAGAUCAAGAUCAAAAAGACAUAAACAUAGCAAUUCAUCAAAUAAAAGAAACAAUAAAUAUGAUUCUGAUAGUGAUAGCUUAAGUGAUAAUAAAGAAAGCUACAAAAAUAGAAGUAAAUAUGAUAAAAGUAGAGGUAAAAAAAAAAGUGGGCAUAAAGGUAAAAGAAGCUAUAGCUCAGAAGAAAAAAAAAACGAUCAAAUAAGUAGAAGUGGAUCAAGUAAUUCAUCAAGAAGUGAUGACAGAAAUUAUAAAAAAAAAAAAAAUAAACGUGAAUACCAUGAAAACUCAAGUGAUAGAUUAAGCAAAAAAUCUAGCACAGAUAGAGAAAAAGAAAGUGGAAAAAAUAAAAGUUUUAGUAAAAGAAGUUCAAGUGAUAAUAAAAGCUUAAGCCACGGUAAAAGUGAAAGCAGACGAAGUGCAAGUGAAGAUAGAGUCAAAAGUAGAAAAAGAAGUUCGAGUGAUGAUAGAAGCAAAAGUAGGAAAAGAAGCUCAAGUGAAGAUAGAAGUAGAAAAAGAAGCAUAAGUGAUGAUAGAAGUGAAAGUAGAAAAAGAAGCUUAAGUGUUGAUAAAAGUGAAAGUAGAAGAAGAAGUUUAAGUAAUGAUAGAAGUGAAAGUAGAAGAAGAAGUUUAAGUGAUGAUAGAAGUGAAAGUAGAAAAAGAAGUUUAAGUGAUGAUAGAAGUGAAAGCAGAAAAAGAAGCACAAGUAAAAAUAAAAGUUCAAAAAGAGGAAAUAGUUCAAGUGAUGAAAAAAAAGGUAAAAGAAAAAGAAGUCGUAGUAUAACUGCAAGAUCUGAUUAUAAAAGCAGCUUACGUGAGAAUAAAAAAAAUAAAGAUAAAAGCAAUGAUGACUUAAGUGAAGCUAGAAAAAGUGAUAAAUCUCGUAGUAAUUCAAUUAGAUACAAUAGCUCAGAGAGAAAUAGAAGUAAUGAUGAAAAUAACAAAACUGUUGAAAGUAAUUCAAAAAACAAUUAUAAAAAUGAAAAAAGAGGUAAAAAAUCAGGUGAAAAAGAGUAUAAAAAUGAAGAUUAUGAAAAUAAUUGCAGAUCAAGUGAAAAUGAAGAUUUUAAAAGUUUGCCUAAUGCAGGAAAUAAAAGCGACAGAGAUAAAUCAGUAGAUAAUUAUAAUGAAGAUAAUAAAGACAAUUCAGUAGACUCCAAUAAUAUUGAAGAAAUUAAAAAUCCUGUAACUUCGGAAUUAAAUAGUAAAAAAGAAAAAAAAGGGUUAAAAAAAAGUAAUAUUGAGGAAAAAGUAGCUAAUACAAUAGAAGGCGUAAAUGGAAACGUUAGUAACUAA